UCGAGGCGUAUUGUCUAUCACCGAAAGCUUAAGCUUAAACCUUUGUCAGUGAUCAGUCUCGCUGGUUCUCGGUCAGAGUUUUGGAAGCACGGCAUCAACUGCAUUUCAUGCAACAGUCAUCAAUGUCCGGUAUCGUGGUUGGGCAUCUGGUUCCACUUGAUGACACUCUAAAACAAGACACUUCACUCCCGAAACUCCCUCUCUCUCAAGGCCCAAACACCAUUGGCCGCGCCAAUAUUCCUCUAUCCGACAAGCGACUCAGCCGAAAACACCUCACUUUAACUGCCUCCACUGAUGGCUUCGCUACUUUAUACGUGGAAGGAACUAAUCCUGUGGUUGUUAAAUCCGGUGAACAAAGAAAGAAGCUGACUUCUAGUGAACACGUGUCAAUCGCUAACGGUGAUAUCAUAGAGUUGAUUCCUGGACAUCAUUUUUUCAAGUAUGUUACUUUGCCUCAAAAGAGACCUUCUAGUCAUGAAUCAACAAAGGAAGACGUUAAUCCAAAGAAAAUGCGACGAGAGGUUGAACCCAAACAUGAAGAAGGAGGAAACUGUGAGGAGGCUAUACGAAAUUUUCAUGUUUCAUCUGAUAAGUUACCGUUAACUUAUCAGCUGCUGCAAGUUCAAGGGCUGCCAGCGUGGGCUAAUACUUCUUGUGUUUCUAUUCGGGAUGUGAUUCAGGGAGAUAUUGUUGUUGCUAUUUUAUCAAAUUACAUGGUGGAUAUCGAUUGGUUGUUACCUGCUUGUCCUACGCUUGCCAAAAUUCCCAAUGUGUUGGUAAUUCAUGGGGAGAAUGAUGGUACAGUGGAACAGAGGAAGAGGAGGAAGCCAGCAAAUUGGAUUUUUCACAAACCCCCACUACCUAUUGCAUACGGGACACACCACUCAAAGGCCAUGCUUCUGGUCUAUCUUCAGGGAGUAAGAAUUAUUGUGCAUACAGCAAACUUGAUAUAUGUUGACUGGAAUAACAAAACUCAAGGUUUGUGGAUGCAAGAUUUCCCCUGGAAGGAUCUAAAUAAUCCAAGCAAAGGCUGUGGGUUUGAAACAGAUUUGGUUGAUUAUCUCAGUGCAUUGAAGUGGCCUGAAUUCAGUGCCAAUAUACCAGCCCUUGGCAACUUCAAAAUCAAUCCAUCAUUUUUCAGAAAGUUUGACUAUAGCAGCUCUGCGGUCCGGUUAAUUGCUUCAGUCCCUGGCUAUCAUACUGGUCCCAAUUUGAAAAAGUGGGGACAUAUGAAGCUACGAACUGUUCUUGAAGAGAGUAUUUUUGACAAAGAGUUCCAGAAAUCUCCUCUUAUUUAUCAGUUCUCAUCCCUUGGUUCUUUGGAUGAGAAGUGGAUGGCUGAGCUGAAAUGCUCUAUGUCGUCAGGUUUAUCAGAAGAUAAGAGACCACUUGGAAUUGGGGAACCACUAAUAAUAUGGCCGACUGUGGAAGAUGUCAGAUGCUCUUUAGAGGGUUAUGCAGCUGGAAAUGCCAUUCCAAGCCCACACAAGAAUGUGGAUAAAGAAUUCUUGAAGAAGUACUGGGCUAAAUGGAAGGCAAACCACACUGGCCGCUGUCGUGCAAUGCCACAUAUAAAGACAUUCUUACGUUACAAUGGUCAGAAACUGGCUUGGUUCUUGCUGAGUUCAGCAAAUCUUAGUAAGGCUGCCUGGGGAACACUUCAGAAGAAUAAUUCUCAGUUGAUGGUUCGUUCUUAUGAGUUGGGAGUGCUAUUUUUACCAUCUGGUACAAAGCAUGGUUGUAGAUUUUCUUGUACAAAUAAUGGUGGUUCAUCCAAGAGUGAAAGUGGUACAAUAGAAAAUACCAUGUCACUGAAAACUAAGCUAGUGACCCUGACUUGGCAAGGGAGCCGGAAUACAGAUGAAUUCUCUGAAAUAAUUACUUUGCCUGUACCUUAUGAACUCCCUCCUCAACGAUAUUCCUCUGAAGAUGUCCCUUGGUCGUGGGAUAGGCGAUACAGCAAGAAGGAUGUUUAUGGUCAAGUUUGGCCUCGGCAAGUUCAACUGUAUGCUUGCCAAGAUUCCUGA